CCGUUACCACCAGAUCAAAACGUGUUAAGAAAGAUUGGGAAAAUAUUUGGGUGUAUGGCGCUCUUUAUAAACCAAAUACUAGCAUACAAUCUUGGACAUUAAUAGAGGCUCAAAAGAAAUUAGAUGAACGUGGUAAAUCCUUAGAAUAUCCCCAUGCUGAAAGGAAAUG